UGUUUUUUAUUUUUUAUUUACCACUUUUUCCUGGUGCCUGAUUUUUUCUGCCACCCUUCCUCUUCCUUUUCCCUCCGCCUCCGCUCCACUCCCACGCACCCCUGCACCACCCAUUCUUCUGCUCCUCUUGCUGUAGUGGUGUCAGCUGCCUUGUUACUUCUAACACGCUGCUUUUGACGCGACGUCGCUGCCGCCGUUGGUUGGUGCCAUUUCCCAUUACACACACAGAUGCACGCACACACAAAGGCGCGCAGGCACUCUCUCGCACACAGAUGCACGCACACACCUACACAGCCGUCAACUCAACACUUUUGGUUCGAGUUUUUGGUUUUCUUAUUGGAACCCCGCAGUUCACUCAUUCUCUCGCUCGCUCUCUCUCACUUGCACACGCCCUCCGCAAAAGAAACUCAACACUCUCGCUCUCUCGCUUGCACCGAGCGCACCCCCAUAUAUGGCCAUCCCGUUCGCUCGCCGCCCCAGGCCAGCGGGAGAGAGCGAGAGAGCGCGAGCGGCGAGCGGCGAGCGGCGAGCAGAGCGGAGGCAGCGCAGUCGACGUCGGUUUCGGCGUGUGUGUAUUUCCAGUUUCCAGUUUGAAUGCGACCGGCGUGUAGUUCGUGUCGUCAUCGCCGCUCUGUCGCUUUUGUCGCCUGUCGUUUGUCGCUUUUGUCGUUUGUCGCCCGUCGUCGUUUCUCGUCGUUUGUUGUUUCUCCCUACGUUCGUUGUUCGUUGAUCGUCGUGUCGCCAUAUCCACCUUCUUUAUCCAAAUCGUCGAUUCCCUUUUGUGCUCUUUUUUUUUCGUUCUUCCUUCUUGGUAAAAAAACAAAAACAAGCACAAACCAAACUAAGAAAAACAACAAACAAACAACAGUUACAGUAAGCGGCAAAUUAACCAAAUUAAAACUUAAAAUUGCCAAGUGAAUUUGCUAAGCAAAAGAGAAGAGAAAAACAAAACAAGGUUUAAACACUUUCGACGUUUUGCCGUCGCCAAAACAGAAAACGGAAAGGCAAGCACAAGUUCAAAACAAACAAAAAACCAGGAGAACAUAAGCCUGAUAAAGAACUGAAAACACACAAACUAAAAAGCGUAUUUAAUAACCAUAAACACUACAGACGCAAUCUGAAGACCCGAAGCUUAAAAUCCAAAAAAAACGGAUAUUGAAACAUUAUAGAAAGAAAUUGCUGUUUUGUAGCUUAAGUUUUUAAUAUUUAAUGCUUGGUAUCAUUUACAGAAUUAGUUUUCAGAGGUUUCAAAGUAAAAGAAAAUUUUAUUACUUUAAAAAACUAAAGCCUGUAAAAUGGGGACAAAUAAGGAAAACCUCAAAUAUACGUAGGACUUUAAGACCAGAAGAAAUUUAUAGCAUGUAACAAAGAUUUAGAAGCAAAAUAGGGCUACUCACGCAAAUAUUUAUUUAAUCAAAUAUUUUGAAUUGUCAUGCUUAUCAUUUAGACAGAAAAAAUCAAUUCCCUAGUAAAAACCAACUUUACAAAAAACUUGGUCAUAUUAUUACUGAACCUUUUUUAAAAAUUAAACUAAAAAAAACGGUCUUAAUCACGAUCUCAAAAAUCUCAAGCGGAAAAACCAACAAUAAAUCAUAUUUAUGUUUUUUAUAGCAAUUAAACAAGAAUUUUUUUGAAACAACGACAAGAAGAGAAAUAAAGUGUACUAGUGAGUGUCCCAAACAAAAAGCAAGCAAAAAAAAAAACAACAAAAACAAGUACCUGUAGAACAAAAACAAAGUAAAGCCAUCUAAAAAAUUGAAACUCAAAACUAGAGAGAUCCCUUUUUUUGGAGAGAUCGCCGUGGGAAACCCUUUCUGCAUGACGCACUUGGUUGUUUGAAACGGUUAUGUGAUGAGAUACGACGUCCAGGAGCUGCUACUUCAUCAGUCUGCUGAGGAUCCAUUCGCCAGGUUCGCCAAUGGGAUGGCAUAUCAUCCAUUUCUGCAGCUAACGCAACGACCCACUGACUUCAGCGUUUCCUCGCUGUUGACGGCGGGUAGCAACAAUAACAACAACAACAGCAGCAGCAGCAACAACACCAACAGCGGAAACAACAACUCCUGUUCCAACAACACCAAUUCAAGCACCAACAAUCUCGUGGCCGUUUCACCAACGGGUGGUGGUGCGCAGUUAUCGCCGCAGAGCAACCACAGCAGCAGCAACACCACCACCACCAGCAACACCAACAAUUCCAGUUCCAACAACAAUAAUAAUAACAAUAACACGCAUAAUAACAACAACAACCACACGAAUAACAACAAUAACACAAGUCAAAAGCAAGGACACCACUUGAGCACCACCGAAGAAACGCCAUCACCCGCUGGCACACCACCGCCCACAAUUGUUGGUGUACCGCCGAUACCACCGCCCAACAACAACAACAGCAGCAGCAGCAGCAACAACUCAGCUUCAGCCGCCGCCCAUCCGUCGCACCACCCAACCGCCGCACACCACUCACCAAGUACGGGUGCCGCCGCACCACCCGCCGGCGCCACAGGCUUGCCACCACCCACACCGCCGCAUCACCUGCAACAACAACAACAGCACCCGGCACCACCACCACCCCCGUACUUUCCAGCUGCGGCACUGGCCGCCCUAGCUGGCAGUCCGGCCGGACCGCAUCCGGGCCUGUAUCCCGGCGGUGGAUUGCGCUUCCCGCCGCACCACCCGGGCGCCCAUCCGCACGCCCACCACCUGGGCAGCGCCUACACCACCGCCGAGGACGUCGUCCUCGCUUCGGCCGUCGCCCAUCAGUUGCAUCCAGCGAUGCGACCGCUCCGGGCCCUUCAGCCCGAGGACGAUGGCGUCGUCGAUGAUCCCAAGGUCACGCUGGAGGGCAAGGACCUGUGGGAGAAGUUCCACAAGCUGGGGACGGAAAUGGUCAUCACCAAAAGCGGCAGACAAAUGUUUCCGCAAAUGAAAUUUCGUGUUUCGGGACUGGAUGCCAAGGCUAAAUACAUCUUGCUACUGGACAUUGUGGCGGCGGACGAUUAUCGUUAUAAAUUUCAUAAUAGUCGCUGGAUGGUGGCUGGGAAAGCGGACCCCGAGAUGCCAAAACGCAUGUAUAUCCAUCCAGAUUCGCCCACAACGGGUGAGCAAUGGAUGCAGAAAGUUGUUUCAUUUCACAAAUUAAAAUUGACCAACAAUAUUAGUGAUAAACAUGGAUUUGUAAGUACUACGAUCCUGAACUCGAUGCACAAGUACCAGCCGCGUUUCCACCUGGUGCGAGCCAAUGACAUCCUGAAGCUGCCGUACUCCACGUUUCGCACGUACGUCUUCAAGGAGACCGAGUUCAUCGCCGUCACAGCAUAUCAAAAUGAAAAGAUAACUCAAUUGAAAAUCGAUAACAAUCCCUUUGCGAAGGGCUUUCGUGAUACUGGUGCCGGCAAGCGGGAAAAGAAUUACAGGCAGGCACUGAUGUCGAACCGAGGGUCCGAUUCGGACAAGUUGAAUCCAACGCACGUGAGCAGCUCGCGGGCACCGCUUCACCUGGGACACGCCGGUCGUCCGCCUCACCUGCAUCCCCAUGCCUCCUUGCUUGAUAAUCAGCAGGACGACGACGACAAGCUCCUGGACGUGGUGGGUCCGCCCCAGAGUCCGCUCCUCCCGCUCAGCCACUCGCUGCAGCAGAUGCACGCCCACCAGCACUCCGCAGCCCUGGCUGCCUGGUUUAAUCACUUGGCUGGCGCAGGAGCAGGAGCCUCGGAACACGCAGCUGCGGCGGCGGCCAAUGCCAGCGCGGAGGAUGCACUGCGUCGCCGUUUGCAGGCGGACGCGGAUGUGGAGCGGGAUGGCAGCGACUCGAGUUGCUCGGAAAGCGUCGGCGGCAGUACCGGCGGUGCCUUUAGGCCCACCUCGACGGGCAGUCCCAAGGAGGCGGUGGGCGCGGCUGCAGCGGCUGGCUUGAAUCCCGGUGGUGGUAGCUAUCCGUCGCCGAAUAUAUCGGUGGGUCCGCCCAUACACCCGUCGCCGCAUUUGUUGCCUUACCUGUAUCCACACGGCCUGUAUCCACCGCCGCAUCUGGGCCUGCUGCACAAUCCCGCUGCAGCGGCGGCCAUGAGUCCGGCUGGCCUCAAUCCGGGUCUGCUCUUCAAUGCCCAACUGGCGCUGGCCGCCCAGCAUCCGGCUUUGUUUGGCCAUGCCUACGCGGCGGCGGGUCACACUCCGGUCUCACCACUGCAGGGCCUGAAGAGUCAUCGCUUUUCGCCGUACAGUUUGCCGGGCAGCCUAGGCUCCGCCUUCGAUGCAGUGACUCCCGGAUCGAAUGCCAAUCGAUCGGGAGAUCCCCCAGGCGGCGGCGGCGGCCUUGGUGGUGGUGUGGUGGAGAAUGGCCCCAGGAGUCUGAGCUCCAGCCCUCGACCCCGACCUGCCUCCCACUCGCCGCCCACUCGACCGAUUUCGAUGUCACCCACAACGCCGCCAUCCCUGAUGAAGCAACCACGUGGCGGUGGUGCUGGCGCCGGUGUGGCCCAAUCCCAGCACUCGCCUUCGGAGCUGAAGAGCAUGGAGAAGAUGGUUAACGGUUUGGAGGUUCAACACAAUGGCAGUGCGGCGGCCGCAGCGGCGGCUCUGCAGCUGGCCGAGGAGGCUGCCCAGCACCACCACCUCACCCAGGCGCACCACCAGCAGCAGCAUCAGCCGCACCACCAGCAGCAGCACCACCAGCAACCGGCACAACCACAUCCGCACCAUCAGACGCAUCUACACUCGCACCAUGGGGCGACAGCGGGCGGUACGGAUCAGUGACAAUUACUGGACGGCCGCUCCGAUUGUGAGGAUGCCGGUCUCGAAUUGGAACUGGAGUUGGAGGAGGAUGUCGAGGAUCUGGAUCAGGAUCCGGAUGAGCAGGACGAGGAUCGCAGCUCGGUGAUCGAUCUCGAUCUGGACGUCGACGUCUGACCGCGAACGGAUCAGCGACAUUGCCUCUAGCCUCUGAACUACACGGCCACCGUCUUUGUGGUUUAGCGUAGCGUAUAUGUACAUAUAUAUAUCGGACGAUUUGGACUCUAGACUAUAGGCAUUUGUAGCAUAUAUAGUGUAUUUUCCUCUCUUGUUUUGCAAAACUCACUCUGCCCGUUUAUCGCCGGCUUUAAGUAAAUUUUUUUUUUCUCGUUUCUAAGCAAAGCCUAGCCCCUAGAAAUCGCUGGCGAUUCACUGGCAAAGUGAUGGAGAGGUCUAUUGCAGACAGAAAAAUAACAAAAAAAUUAAAAAUGUAACAAAAAACAGGAGAAAGUUAAAGGGGACGUGGCAAAGGAAUCGACGUAACUUUUAGCGCCUUGAAGGUUCCACACUUCAAGAUCAAACAGACGGAAUAAAAAUGAGAAGUAAGGGCAUAAGCUAUCCUCAGACAAAUUUAUGUAUCACCCAUAUAUGUAUAUUGAUUGAAUUGAAAAUAGCUACAUCAAAGAUGGCGCCUCUUUAUAUACAUCUAGAUCACGAAUAUAUAUAUAUAUAGUAUAUAUAGAAGCUGGUAUAUAUACAGAUUGUAACCUUAGUAAAACAUACAAGAAAAACAAAGAAAACAAAAACCCACAAAAAAAAAAAAUACCACAAAAACAAAAUAAACGCAAUUUUUUUUCUUAGUCUUAGGUGGAUGAAUUUUUUUUUAGUAAACGUAAAUAAAACCUAUAUACAUAGAAAUAUAUAUACAUGAAUAAUUUAUGUAGCUUUUAAGUACCAAGAUACCGUAAACACUCAAAAAGGAACACACACAUGCAGCACCACCCCCUCACACACAAGCACAUACACACACACACACAAGCACAUACACACACACACACACCAGUGACGAGUUUUCUUCGUAGACGAUGGAAAAUGCUUAUAAACUAUAAAUACUAUGAGAGCUUGAGUUUUCCUAAUUUUACCAUAAUUUUUUUUUCCAUUUUUUUCGUACUUUUAAGUUAUAAAACCAAAGAAGAAAGUAAUAAUCAUUUUUUUUUGUAUUUGUAUUUUAAUUUCGGAACCCCCUGAGAUGCUAAUUUAGGGCAAACGUUCUGUGUGUGUUUAUAUAAUAAAUAUAUAUAUAUAUACAUAUAUAUAGAUAUAUUAAAAAUAUUGGUAUUGAUAAAAAAAUAUAAUUUUUUUUUUUAGUAAAGUACUUUUUUUUGUGUAAGACGGAUUGAAAUGAAAAAAAAGAAGAGUUGAAUUCAACGCAUGUUCCUCGCAUAAUUUAAGAGAGAGCGACAAAGACGCAGCUAACACACACCCACACCCACACACCCCCCUCUACACUCACACAGUACACCCACACCAUAAAGGAGAAAAAGCAAGAAAAUUCACAAAAAAAAAAUUAAUUAAAAUACAUUUCCGUAGCGAUUUGUUUUCUAUGUAACCCAAUAAUAUUGCAACACCACACAAUCUUCAUCGCAUCAUCAUGAUACCCGUAUCAUCAUCACAUAGGCAUUCUUAUGAUGGAAGAGAAUUUUUUUUCUGUUGGUUA